GUUGGAGCACCUUGGGGGGGACUCAACCAUCUUCAGGUACAUCUUUAUCAUAAAUCCAUAAUGGCCACGUUCUAGGCUGACUACACUGCAGACACCUGCCAGAUCUCACAACACCUGGAUAUGUAUCUAAAUUACAUAUCAGCUAAUCACAUCAUAUUGCAGUCUGAUACCCGACUGCACAGUUGAUGACAUGGCACGUAAUCAUUGGUUUAUGCAAUGCAACGACUGCAAUGUAGUUGGCAUGGAAUGUGACCUAUGACUUGAUCAGUGGUGCUUGCUUAACAGCUAGAUCCUUCUACCCUGCCACCCAUCAUGCAUGGGACUAAACAAAGCACUGUGUAUUAUGUCAUUGAUGACCUGGCCUGUCAGUAGUACAAGUAGCUCUAGGACUAGGGGCUCUAUUCAAUCCAUAUUGCGGACAUUCAGCGUUACUGCAUUCACAAGAAAUGCUGCAUAUGUCAGCUCAAUCGGAGAUGAACUUCAACGAUCCAGUUUGAAUGGAGCCCCUGGGUGUUGUGUUUGAUGAAAGGCCUGACUUUGCAGAUGGUGGUGACAGAGGGGCCCGUGCUGCAGAUAGAAGCUCUGUCUGAUGGAAUCAACCAACUCACGGGUUCCAGAGAGGAGAGAGGGGCUGGAGCUGUUCCAAACAUCAAAGGCAGACCCAUACUGGUUAUAAGGGAAACCACCCUCUAACCUAGUCCUGUAGACAUGGGGAAGAUAGAGAGCAAACAACCAGCCCCGGACAUUCCCAAGAUAAUCUCAACCUGGUGGGAGAGGCUACAGAAGAAGCCACCAGCUCCAACCAUGACCAUUCCAAACAUGAACUUUAACUUCCCAACCCUGUGGGGAAGGAGAGAGAGCAAGCUACCAGACCCAGACAUACCCAGUAUAUUCUCCACUCUGUGGAGAACCCCCAACAACGCCAAUGAUUUUGUCCCUCUAUUCAACGACUGUGUGGGGAUAGCUGCAGCUAGGACCCAGGAGUACCUCCUGUUCCUGGACCCAGAGGACAAGUUCCAGCCUAGCCCGGCAGCCCUCAAUGAUAUCUUCCUAAUGACCUACAUCACCCAGAGCAGCCACCUCCACAUGACCGACUCCUUCAACUGCACCACCAUGACCAAGCAGCAGCGCAUCCUCCUGGGUGCUGACUGGGUGUGGGCUGUGCUGGAGAGGCCCACCAAGAACCCCCGCAUCCAGAUCGCCGUGCAGAUCCUGCACCUGCCCGAGAGGGGAGGGCCAGCCGAGGACAUCCCCCCGGAGGUGUACACUGAAUCCAUGCAGAUGGCCAAGAUGGAGUCAGCUCAUAAGAACAAGGCAGAGAGGAUGGUGGAUUUCUGUGCCUCCAUCGGUAAUGACUGCUACGCCCUCUUUCUCCUCUUUGGCCGCAAGGGCGACCCGGGCAACAUUUACGGGGUGCUGAGCAACAACUUUCACGCUGCUAUAGGGAAGACUAAGAUCAACCGUGCACUCAUUGAGAAUUUCUUUAAAGGGUCCAGGUACUUACACACGCCCACUGGAAUGCUACAGGCUAUUGUCACCAAGAGAGAUUCUGACCCUUUAACUUUGCUCAUCAAGUUUACCUGACCAGUGUGACCGAUGACAGAGCAGCCAUAUGGGACCUUUCAGAUGACUCUGUUUACUGUAGUGUUUCACAUGGGAGGAUGGACUGUUGUGAUUGGUGGGUUUAUGCUUGCCUGGGACUUGGGGAACCAGUGUGCUGAAAUUGGCCUGUGUCCAUGUGUUGUUUGUGGACUACUGACCCAUGCCUGCUGACAGCUGCUCACACCCCCGUGGUUAGUAUUUCUGUUAGAGCUCUAUUCAAUCAGACCCGCUUUAGCCGACAUCUGCAUAGCGGUUGUUUUGGCGUGUCGGAGAUGAAACUGCGUUAGAGCUGUCAAAUCCAAAAGCGGCUCCUGACAUUAUGCCUAAAGCGGAUAUUGCUAUUGGCUGCACAGAGUCACAUUAAGAGAAAUACCAUGCAGCCUUGUUUACAAGUUGGAACACUGGAAUGUAAGAUGGAAUCUACACCUCCAUUAAGAUGAUAGAAACCCUCAUUAUUUAGUUGAAUGAUUUUCAGUUUGAGCGUCAUUAUUUCUAUAUAGCCUACACUUUCUCCUUCUGAACUUCUAACGAAAGUGGGACGGGUGUGGCUUUGUGACAAUGAUCAAGAGCAGCUGCUCACCGAUUUGACAGCUCCAAUGCAGUUACACCUCCGACACAGCCAAAACAUCAGCUAUGUGGGUGUCGGCUAUUGCCAGUUAAUGCAUGAUCUGAUUGAAUCUAGGCCUUAAUGGACUUAACACUUCACUGGCAUUGCACUUAUGUGGAAAUUCACACAAACUACCUAUCUGCUAUCACUACUCAUUGACAUUAAAACCUCUGUACAGCUUAUGUUGACAUGGAAACUGAUUUGCCACAAAAUAUUUUUGUAUUUUCUAGGAUGGACUUAAUGACUGAACACAUUGUGAUAGCUUCACCCAAAACCAAAUUCUAAGUUCAUUUGAUUAAGGUGGAUUGUUCUCUUAAAGUUGAGUCAAAGUAGGAAAUAACAGGAUAUAACAACAGUUCAAAAAUAAAUUAAUUACAUAUUUCUGGAUGUCUUGAGUUAUCUUGUUUAGAAGAGGAUUAUUUAUGUUGAGGAUUAUGCUCAGUGGUAAGUAGCAUAAUGUAAAUGAAGGGAUUUGUGUUUAAAUAUGCAGGUUUGCUAAGGCCUCAUGUUAUAUAUGCACAGUGUGGUGCCGAGAAUAAUACUACUCUUUCUCCCCAAUACCACAAAGACAUCAGAUUAUGUUUAGAGAUGGAUUUAAUGAGUAAUGAGAUUCAACAAAACAUCCAAAUGCUUUAGAUACAGUACAUAAUUAGAACAAUUAUUACUGAAACAGUUCAAACAUACUAAAACCCAACUAACCUUUCACAGUAUAUCACACAAAAAAAGUUCUUUGAAUGUUCAACAUGCAAAUAUGACAUUUGUUAUUCAAAACGCUUGAGAAUAUCCUGUUGGUCUUCAAACGUAGGCUGUUACAUUGUGUUCUACACACAGAAUUCAAUAGAACAUAUUGUCUUAAAUGUCCUGGUGUGUUUUAAUGUAUCUGUGCCUAGUUGGAGGCCUGGGUGUUAUCAGUAUGUGAAUGUGUUCUCUGUCUUGUAGCCCAGAGUGGAGAGGUUGGGGUGCCAUGGAUGCUGGGUCAUGGGGGGUGGGCCACACAUGACAAUGAGCACAUCGUUGGACGCCAGGGGAAGGUGCUCUUUCAUCAUAUCAGCGUUCACAAACCCUGAGCUGUACUUCCAGUCUGUAAUCAGAAGAAAACACGAGCUGAAUUUAACCGUUUUUAAUCAACAGAUACGGAUCAGCCCUGCAGGCCAAUUAAAUGAUCACACCCUGUUAGCGAAGAUGUGUUUCAUUUAUGUGGAACUAAUGGAUGAGUGCCAGGAUAGACAAUUAGCCAGAGCCUCAUUUGCAUACUGUACCAUAUGAGGAAGCUACAGUAUAGCUGACGGGUCACAUGGCAAAACAGAAUCUAAAUAGAACGUUUAGAUCAUAGCGAUGUUGUGACAUGAUUGGAGGGGGACGAGUUUCCAUUCAUUCAGUUGACAUCAGUAACAAACCAAUUCAAAAGGGUUGCUGCAGGUGCACCUUUGGGGAUUUUUUGGUUAUUGUCUAGCAGUCAGUCAGUCAGUCCCUACAAAGGGUGUUAUAAUAUGGUAACACAGCAUGGUAAAAAAAAUGUUUUGCAGUCUAACACGAAUGAUACAAUGGUAUUAGCCCAUGACAACCCUGUACCUUAAUCUUUUUUAUCAUGGAAUACUAUGGUCUUACCCUGUGGAGGCUUGUCUAGAGUGAACCACAAAUUGAGUUGUUCAGAGUGACUCUUCAGCACCUUCUCUAGUUCCUCCCACAGUAGAAUAUCCUUAGUCUGGGGGCAAGAGACCAUAAUUAGAAGAAGGUUUACAAUUGCUAGUGCUUCAACUGAUAUAGUAUGUCAUUGAGUCUUGUUAAACCAUACUAAAGGUGAGACAUUGAUCUUGGUUGUCUAUCAUCAGAUCGUCAAUAAGUAAGCAGGUCUACACCUGUUGUAUUCGGCGCAUGUGACUAAUAAAAUUUGAUUUGAUUUUUGAUUUGA